CACGUGUUACAUUUCGAUUUCAUAAAGUAAUGUAAACAUUUGUUUUCGCGAAUCAAUUUGUUUUUGUUCAUAUUUAACUCAUCUGCGAGAAAAAUGAAAACAACGCCUGAUAAAUCCGGUCAUUCGUUUACGCCAAAGAAAUUAACCGGGAAACAACGUGCCGAACGGAAAGAGCUGAAACGCAAGAAAAAGCAGGAGAAAUUGCUGAAACGUGUCCAGCAGGAGUUCGAGCAGGUGGAGCGCGAUAAAGCAGCCAAUGCAGAAGUUGAAGUAACAAAGGUUGCCGAAAAGGACCAAAUAUCAACAUUAAGCAUUGCCGUCCCCGGUUCUAUUUUGGACAAUGCACAAUCACCGGAGCUUCGGACGUAUCUGGCCGGUCAAAUUGCUCGUGCCGCCUGCAUUUUCCAAGUAGAUGAAGUAGUGGUUUUCGACGAUUGUGGCUCUAACAAUCAGAUGUCAGAUAAACUGUCGACUAUUGAAACUGUGGAAGGAACAUCGUCAGGUCGUCGCUGCUGUAUUCAGCUGGCGCGGAUUCUUCAAUACUUAGAAUGUCCGCAAUAUCUGAGGAAGUAUUUCUUCCCGAUACACAACGAUCUCAAGUUCUGUGGUUUGCUGAGUCCACUCGACUCUCAACACCAUCUUCGACAAGCAAGCGAGUUUGAGUUCCGUGAGGGGAUAGUUACAAACAAACCAACGAAAAACGAUAAAUCUUCUUUUGUGAAUGUUGGCUUGCUGAAUGAUGUUUUAGUAGAGACUCAUUUGGAACCCGGUUUGCGAGUUACCGUGAAGAUGCCUCCAGGUGCUGAUCUAAAAUCGAAGAAAAUACGAGCGAAAGUGGUUUCACCAUCUCAGCCGCGACAAGAAACGGGUAUUUACUGGGGAUACAAUGUUCGGAUUGCCAAUUCUCUCUCACAGGUCUUUACCAAGAGUCCUUACAAAGGGGGAUACGAUUUGACGAUCGGAACAUCGGAUACCGGAACCAAUGUUCACGAGGUUGAAACCAGAGGUCUUAAAUACAGACACGCUUUGGUGGUUUUCGGCGGAGUGCUGGGCUUGGAACCAGCUCUGGAAAAUGACACCAAACUGAACGUGGCGAACGUCGAAAGCUUGUUCGAUGAGUAUUUGAAUACUGUGCCGCGACAGGGUUCUAGGACUGUCCGUACUGAAGAAGCCAUACUGAUUUCGUUGGCGGCGCUAGGUGAAAAGCUAGAUCCAGCCAAUCGGUCGAAGGAAUUCACCAGCUUCGAUGCAAUUCCACAAAGUCAAGACACCGGCAUACAGCAGUACGCGUUCAAUGAGAAAAUGAAAAAGCCAGUUGAGAAACCAGAGACAAAAACUACAAAAGCUGUGGAAGAUGACUUGUCGCGAUUUGACUGAGCUAUAUAUUAUUAUAUUGGGUUAUUUUACGAGUAUUUUAUACAAAAGAACAAAAAGAAAGCAGCAGUAAACAUUCAUUGUGCUUCCGUAUCGAGGGCAGAUAUUUCCCGACGAAUUUGCAUCACAAUUUCAGCCAAUGAUUCCGGGUGAACGCCUGCUUCCAACAGCUUUAAACAUAUAUCCAAAACUUCGGGGGUAAGUCCUGUGUUGAGGAGCUGGGAAAUGUUCUGAAUAUUGGCGCGAAUUGUCUGAGACUGUUGCAGGCGCAAGUAGAGGUUCGAGUUUUGUCCAUUUUCGCCGUUUUGGGUCAUGUUU